AUGUCAGCGCUUCCAGAUGAGGUGAACACCACCUUGGUGAACGUACUGCACGGGUUCUCUUCACCUGAUAACGGAAUCCGUGCAGCAGCAGAGGAAACUCUCAAUAAAGACUGGAUUACUCCAGAUAACAUUGAAGUGCUUUUGAUCUUCCUCUCGGAGCAGGCGGCAUACUCUCCGGAGCCAACUCUUGCAGCGUUAUCAGCCGUUCUUUUCCGAAAACUAGCUUUAAGAGCGCCUCCAUCCUCAAAGACUGUCAUUAUUGCCAAGAACAUCACGCACAUCAGCGAGAGCGCACUUAACCAGAUACGUGAAACGCUACUGAAGGGAUUUGUCACCGAAAGACAAGGAGGAAUCAGACACAAGCUGUCUGAUGCCAUUGCUGAAUGUGCUCAGGAAGACUUGCCUGAAUGGCCUGCCUUAUUGCAAGGCUUGUUCGAGGCCAUCAAAAAUCCAGAUGCAAACUUCCGCGAAUCCAGCUUUAGAAUUUUUACAUCUGUGCCACAUCUUAUCAAUGCAGUUGAUAUCAACAGUGUGCUUCCAAUUUUUGAAGCUGGUUUUACUGAUUCCGAUGACAAUGUUAAGGUCGCUGCGGUGACCGCAUUCGUAGGUUACUUUAAGCAGCUACCAAAACAGCACUGGGCGAAACUUGGCAUUCUGUUGCCUAGCUUAUUAAACAGUCUUCCAAACUUUUUAGACGGUGGUAAAGAUGAUGCUUUGGCAUCGGUUUUCGAGUCCCUCAUAGAGCUGGUUGAGCUAGCACCUAAGUUGUUCAAAAAUAUGUUUGACCAAAUGAUACAGUUCACUGAUAUUGUUAUAAAGAACAAGGACUUGGAGACCUCGGCUAGAACCACAGCACUGGAAUUGCUUACGGCCUUCAGCGAAAGUGCUCCGCAGAUGUGCAAAUCCACUCCUAGCUAUGCCCAGUCAUUGAUAAUGAACACGCUGCUAAUGAUGACUGAAGUUUCAAUCGACGACGACCAAGCCUCUGACUGGCAUGACUCAGACGAUACAGAGGAGGACGACGAAGAAGUUACCUACGACCAUGCACGUCAAGCUUUGGAUCGUGUUUCCUUAAAGCUUGGGGGCAAAUACCUUGCUCCUCCUUUGUUUCAAUACUUGCAACAAAUGGUUUCGUCUUCUGAAUGGAGAGAAAGGUUUGGUGCUUUAAUGGCUCUAUCCUCAGCCGCGGAAGGCUGCAGAGAUGUGCUUAUUGGCGAGAUUCCUAAAAUCUUGGACAUGAUUGUGCCUCUCAUCAACGACCCCCACCCUAGAGUUCAAUAUGGUUGCUGUAACGCGCUGGGCCAGAUAUCAACUGAUUUUGCUCCACUGAUACAGAGAACGUCUCAUGAAAGGAUUUUGCCUCCUUUGAUUUCUAAGUUAACUCCUCAAUCGGUCGACAGAGUUCAAACUCACGCAGCAGCAGCUCUGGUCAACUUUUCGGAGCACGCCACCCAAACCAUUUUGGAGCCUUAUCUGGAUGAUUUAUUAACUAACCUUCUAACGCUGCUACAAAGUACCAAAUUCUAUGUUCAAGAGCAAGCGCUCACUACUAUAGCUUUUAUUGCGGAAGCAGCUGAGAAAAAGUUCAUCAAAUAUUAUGAUACCUUGAUGCCGCUUUUGAUUAACGUGCUGAAAACAGACACCGGUAAUGCUAACAGGCUUUUGAAGGGAAAGUGCAUUGAAUGUUCUACUCUGAUAGCUUUGGCCGUGGGCAAGGAAAAAUUCCUUACACAAUCUCAGGAGUUGAUAGAACUCUUUAUUGCAUAUCAAAAUCAAGGCAUAGACGAUGACGAUCCCAUGAAGUCGUAUCUCGAGCAUGGCUGGAGUAGAAUUUGCAGAAUAUUGAGAGAAGACUUCGUGCCCUUAUUGCCUGUGGUGAUACCCCCAUUACUUGAAACUGCUAAAGCUACGCAAGAUGUCAGCCUCAUUGAAGAGGAAGAUGCUGCAAACUUCCAGCAGUAUUCUGAUUGGGACGUUGUUCAGAUUCAAGGCAAGCAUAUCGCUAUCCAUACCUCUAUUCUGGAUGACAAAGUCUCAGCCAUGGAGCUGCUCCAGGUCUACACUACUAUCCUGAAAAACUUCUUCGCCGUCUACGUGCCAGAGAUCAUGAAAGAGAUUGCGGUACCAUCGAUUGACUUCUACUUACACGAUGGUGUGAGAGCAACUGGCGCAGGAUUGAUCCCUGUCUUACUAUCUGCUCUUGUCUCGGCCACUGGUGUGCAGAACAGUGAUGUUCUUCAACUUUGGCAUUUGGCUUCCACCAAGCUGUUGAAUGGAAUAAUCUCAGAACCAAUGCCCGAGAUUACUCAAAUUUACCACACGGCUUUAGUCGAUGGUUUGGCCAUUAUGGGUGAAAACAGCUUGAGCGACGAGCAGUUGCUGCAGUAUACUAAGGGCUUGUCGGCCAAUUUAUCAGAUAUUUACGAGCGUGUCAAGCAACGCCGCAAUCAAGAAGACGAAUAUAACGAGGAUGUUGAUGACGAUUUUGAAGAUUACACAGAUGAGGAUUUACUCGAUGACAUCAACAAAUCGUUGGCGGCUGUUUUCAAAUCAACGGGUGGAAGAUACUUAAACCAGUUCCAAACUUUGUGGCCACUUGUCGUCACCUAUCUCAGAGACGGCGAGGUCAUCUUGACCUUAUUUGCACUAUGUGCUAUUGGGGACAUGAUUGAGACAGCUGGCCCUGCUACAGAAGUGUACAAGGACAGUUUCAUCAACGAAGUGAAGGAAUAUCUUGUCUCACCCGAAGCUUCUAUUCGUCAAGCAGCUGCCUAUGUGAUCGGUGUGUGCGCACAGCACAGUCGUGACGUUUAUGCACAGGAGUGUUCGCAGUCACUGGAUACCUUAGUUCGUGUGAUUUCUAUUCCUGAUGCCAAAUCUGAGGAGAAUGUUACCUCCACUGAAAAUGCAAGUGCUGCUAUUGCCAAGAUUUUGCACAGUUAUGGUCCUAAUGUUCCAAACUUCGACAACUACGUUUCCAACUGGCUCAAAACUUUCCCCAUUGUUCAGGAUGAAGAAGCAGCAGCUUUUAAUUAUAGAUUCUUGGCUCAUUUGAUUGAUUCCAAUUCCCCAGCGGUUCAUAACUCUGCUGCCAUUCCUCAUAUUUUAGACUCCGUUGUACAAGCUUUGCAUCACAAAUCAUUGGUCGGGAAAAAUGCAAGUGCAGUCGUUGAGUCUACCAAAAAACUCCUGGGCACACUGCCCCAAAGCGAGGCUAUGAACCUUUUUCAGCGGUAUCCUUCUGACGUCGUCCAGGAAGUUCAGCACUGGUUUGCCUGA